UAUGCCUGUAUUAUACUUGCAAAUUAUAUUUUGGAGCAGAGGCUGCAUGUGCAGCAGUCCAGAGUGCAUAUCUAUUAUUGCUAAUUGCAGAUUCUGCAUGAUUGUUUAGUAUCAGUUGUUAGUAUGAGAACUCUGUUGGAGGCAACUUUAAUUAGGUACUUAUUAGUACCGAUCGACAUAUGAAUAAACAAGUAAACCAUUCUUCGUCUCUCCAGUUUUUUAUUUUACCUGUGUAGUGUCUGGUCUGGUUACAUUAAAUCACACAUACAAUUCUAACGAGGCUUUGCAGAAUACAAACUUAGCCCUUACCAAUAUAUUAACUAGUGCACAAGUGAAGAAGGUGCACCCGCUUGGUCAACAAAACCCGUUCAACAAAAAUAGAGGCUCACGGGACGGCGACAAUGCUUCGAUCGUCCAGCACUGCAUAAAAUCGUCUCGGAGUCGCUUUACCUUACCAUAUAAAGUCUGUCCAGCGAUUGCUAGGUUGUUUUCUUUAGAUAUAUCUACUCACCUGUGUUUUUUUGAGCUGAAAGAGUUCUCCGCACGAGAAAGUCGCGUGGAAUAAUUGUAAAGUGUUUUUUUGUGAGAUUAAAAUAUGGUUGUGCUAAGUAAUUUCUUGGCUCCUGAGGAGGGCAUUCGUCAUGAGGAGUCACAUACCACUUUGUACAUCAAUGACACAGAAGUUGGCAAAGGAACCUUGUACAUCACAGAAAGCUUGCUUUCAUGGGUAAACAACGACACCAGACAAGGAUUUUCUCUCCAGUACGAUCAUAUAUCCUUACAUGCUAUUUCACGAGAUGACCAAACACACCACAGGCAAUGUCUCUAUGUGAUGGUUGAUGCUAAAGUAGACUUUCCAGAUGGCUCUUCAUUAGAACCCAGUGAGAGAAAUGCAGAUGAUAGCGAUGAGAUCAACCAAGAUGACGAUUCUGAAGCUCCAAUCACUGAAAUGAGAUUCGCGCCAGAUGAUACGAACAAUUUAGAUGCCAUGUUUCAAGCAAUGAACCAGUGCCAAGCACUCCAUCCUGACCCACAAGACAGCUUCUCUGAUGCUGAAGAAGAUAUUUAUUUAGACGCGGAAGAGGACGAAUUCGAGCACUUAGAGGUUGGCGCAGGAGAUGCUCCAUACAUUAUCUCUGCAGAACGAAUGGGAGGUCAAAACGGCACGGAAAUACAGGAGGAAGCCAUGGACGUCGAGGCAGGUCAGUUUGAAGAUGCAGAAGAAGAUCCUUAAAGACGAAAUCAGUAUUUUCUGUCGCAGCUUGUAUUUUCCAGCAUUUAGUUACGAUCUGCAAUUCUGUGUCACUUAUUUCACGCAUACUCUCGUAGAGUAAAAAGAAAAAAAAACACUGAUUCAUAAUCGUAUGCACGGAAAAAAGCAUGUAACAAAUCUCUCAAAAUCAUUGACUUAAUUUAUAUUUAUUUUGUACAUGGCGGUUUUUCAUAGAUAAAAAUCAUUCAACGUAAUAA